ACACACACACACACCCCCCCUCCCCCUCAAUAUUAGCUUAAGAUAAAAAACAAGAUGUCUCACCCAUGCUCUCUUCUCCUGGCCUUGAAUCUGAUCACCAUCACCUUGGCUUUGCUCUCUCAAAGAUCUCAAGCCCAGUUGAGCCCCUCCUUCUACAACUCCACCUGCUCGAACGUGUCGGCGAUCGUUCGCAGCACCGUCCAGCAGGCGCAGACCUCCGACGUCCGCAUUUACGCCAGCCUCACUCGCCUCUUCUUUCACGAUUGCUUCGUCCAAGGUUGCGACGGGUCGGUUUUGCUGGUCAAUAGUUCGACGAUUCAGACCGAACAGGAUGCCGUCCCAAAUAAGAACUCGAUUCGAGGUUUCAACGUCGUCGCUGACAUCAAGACGGCCGUGGAAAAUGCUUGCCCAGGAGUUGUCUCCUGUGCCGAUAUUCUCGCUCUCACAGCUGAAGCUUCAGUUAACUUAGCUGGAGGACCCUCAUGGACUGUGCUACUGGGGAGAAGGGAUAGCACCACUGCAAACAUCACUGCAGCCAACAAUCUCCCUAGCCCCUUUGAUAACCUGACCACUCUUGAACAGAAGUUCGCCGCCGUCGGCCUCAACGACACCGAUCUCGUCACGUUAUCAGGAGCUCACACAUUCGGCCGAGGCCAAUGCCAGUUCGUCACUCCACGGCUCUAUAAUUUCAGCAGCACCGUGAAUACAGACCCGACCCUGAACUCAACCUAUGCGACCACAUUGGAGCAAAACUGCCCCCAGGGCGGGAACGCAUCGGUCCUGAAUAAUCUCGACCCGAUCACGCCGAACACGUUCGACAGCAACUACUACAUAAAUCUGCAGAACCACCAAGGGCUCUUCACAUCUGAUCAGGAGCUCCUGUCGGAUCCCAAUGCGACGACGACCGCCUCGAUCGUCAAUAAUUUCGCUGGCAACCAGAGCGCAUUCUUCGAUAGCUUCGUGCAGUCGAUGAUCAACAUGGGGAAUAUUAGCCCCUUGACAGGGAGCAGUGGGGAGAUCAGAACCAACUGCAGUGUGGUGAAUAGCGGAUCCGGUUUGGAGUUGCAUAUUCGGAUUCAACAUGAUUCUGACAAGGGUUCAGCUGCAGAAUAAAAUAUUAAAAAAUAGGGUAAAUUGCAAAUUUGGUGUGGUGGGUGACAUUUUGAUCCUCAAACUUUAAUUUAUUGUCAUUUCUUGCUCAAACUUUUGGAAUUGGUGCAAUUAAGUUCUAUAACCCAAAUUAGUUGACUAAAUAUUGAUAUAUUACUAAAAUAGAAGUAAUGUAAUAGUGAUGUGAUUGAUAAUACACAAAUAUUUAAAAUGCCAUAUUACUUUUACAUCAGCGAUCAAUGCGUCAAUAUUUAGUUAAUUAAAUUAGGUUUUGGAACUUAAUUAUAACAAUUCUGAAAGUACAAGCUAGAAAUUACAACAAAUUAAAGUUUGAGCACUAAAUGUCAUCGGUCUCAUAGUUUGAAGAACAAGCAUGCAAUUUACCGCAAUAAUAUAUAAUGUAUCUGAACUUAAAUCUAAAUAGCUUUUUGUGAUCACAAUAAUAUGAUCAGAGAUAUACUCUCUCUCUCUC